CCUAUAGGAAGAAACAACAAUGAGAACUACAGAAAGUGUGUUGGUGGUUGUCAUCUGGUCUUUAUCAGGAACUAUGGCAAUAAAAUGUGGACAAACAAGCCAAGUGAGGGUAUCUCCCAUCACCCCAGUGUGGGGACAGAAAGUGAUAUUGACCUGUAACACUCCCUGUAAUCUGACUGACAACCAAAACCCCACCUACAUCUGGUACAAGAAUGGACAACGUCUUCUCAAUUCCACCAUCUGGACAUUCAAUGACACCAGUUAUUAUACACACAGUUACUCCUGUGCUGUAAAUGGUUCUGAGAAUCUCCGCUCUCCUGUAGUCUGUGUUCUGGGUAAAACCUGUUUCAAUGUGACUUACACCCAUCAGAGAAUCUCUGCCUUAAAGGGGUCAACAUUGGAUCUUCCCUGCACAUACCAACAUCCAAAUAACCACACAGUCAUAGAAAUGUACUGGUAUGUACAACAGAAACGUGAUGUGGUGCCAACAAACCUGAGUUCAUUGCCAGAGUAUUCAGGUCGUGUGAAGUACCUUGGAGAUAAUAUGAGUGACUGUACCCUGAGAAUCACAGACCUGAGAGAGACUGAUUCAGCUGAGUACAAGUUCAGAUUUAAAACACAGUUUGCUGACAAAAAAAUUGCAGAGUGGGGGUACAGCUUCCCAGGAACGACUCUGACUGUCUCAGGGACUAAACCCUUGGGUCUGCCUGCAAUUAUAGGAUUCAUAGUAUUUAUUUUGGUUCUCAUCCUCUGUCUCUCUGGCUUUGUGUGGUUCAGGAAGAAGUCCUCCACCAAUCACACAACUGACUCAGCGGACAAUAGACAGAGGGACUCUGCUCCUGUUUAUGACAACACCUCCAUGCCCAUGGCCUCUAAUGCAGAGCAGACAAUGGCCUCAAACGACCAGACUGACCUCCACUACGCCAGUGUUCACAUCACUCGCUCCAGAGACCAGGUGGUGCCCCUGUACUCCACCGCCCAACUCCCUCCACCCCAAACCCAGGAAGAGGACGUCCAGUAUACGGCUGUAAAAUUCAACUGUCCCAGUGCUGUCACCCGGUGAUCAAGUCAUCACAUUACAGGGUUAAAGUGAAUAGGUUUUCUCAAAGCUGGGGCUUGUCUGCUUGGCCAUCAGGAAGAGUAAACUAUGUGUUUGUCCAAUAGAAAUGUAGUUGUUUGGCUGAGAUUCAGUAAGAUAUGAAAUACAUUUACAAUUGUUUGUGUCAAAUUAAAUGAACAACAGCAAUUUAUAUCCUCAGCAUAUAUUCAUUUUUAAGCCCUCGUAUGUAACGCCUUGAUUUAAAUGAUUUCAUCUGAUUUUAUUAGCCAAUAUUUCUAUAAUCCUAACAAACAGAAAUGGAGACUGUGGACAACUUCCUCUGGAGAUUUACAGUGCUUUCUGAGAAGUAUCCAUGAUGUAGUAUUUCACAUCUGGAGUUGGAUCAAAUCCCUGCCCCUGAAGAUUCACGUUAUCGGGUGAUUAAGUUGUAGAGGCCAUUUCAGAUUGAGCAACCUCCACCAAUCAGAUAUAUUCCAUUUAAAUAUUCCCUGUGGCACGGUCAGGGUCAAAAAUACCUAAUUAAAUACAUUUUGAUAUCA